AUGAAGAAACCGGGAGGAGGCGGCGGAGGAGGAGCGGCCGUCGAUAAGAAGCGCAGUAGGCGUCCAUACGGAGAGUCCAGCACUGAGACCCCUCCUAGGAAGCAAGACGCGAAAAAGGACGUGUUUCAGGUUUUUGCUGAGAAAGUAAGAGACCAUAAGAAUCUGGAGUCUAGAUGGGCUGUCUUACAAGAGACAAGAGUGGAAUAUUUUAGAGGAAAAGAUUUUGUUAGCUUUUUGAGAAAUCAUCCAGAGCUCAAAGACAUUCUUGAAUCAGACAGGAACUUAGAAAUUGAAGAUAUAGGCAACAUUCUGCUGAGAAAAAAUCUUAUAGUGCGGUGUGAUCGUGUUGUCAAAACCCUUCGGCCCGGGAAGAAAAAGUUGUCUACAUGGCCAGCACAUUUGGAGAUAUUCUCGGAGCAAGUUUUUUCUGAUAAUGAUGCCUUCUUUGCUUGGACAUUUGUGAACCGAAGACCAUUGUGGCAAACACUUCUCUCAUUUUUCUGGCCUGUUUUGACCCUUGCAAUCUGCUUGUUUCCUGUGUAUCCCCACCGCUGCAAGCUAUUUAUUCUCUACUUCUGUGCGGGUUUACUGCUGCUUAUACUUUCCCUGCUUCUCUUAAGAGCCUUUGUCUUUGGAUCUCUAUGGAUACUUCUUGGAAAGCGUGUUUGGCUUUUCCCGAACAUUCUUGCGGAGGAAGCAACACUCAAGGAAUUAUUCCAGUUUUGGCCCAAGAAGGAUGAGGACGAGCGUCCAAAGUGGACGGUUAGGCUAUUUUAUGCAAUAGUAGCUGUGGUGGUCUUUUUACUUCUGAGGCACCAUGCUCCUGAUGAAGCCGCUAGAGCCAGGUAUCAGAAGCGGGUUUCCAACAUAAUUGAUGACGUUCUUGAGUGGUCCCCAAGUCUUGCGCUGUCGGGGAUGAUGGAGAAGCAAACCAUGUUUAAUGCUACUGAUCCCGAUGGUAAUGUCACUGAUGGGAGCAAAAGCACCACGGAACAGAUGGCUCAACCUGAGGAUGUAGAGGGUGAUAUCAGCACUGUUGAAAAUGAAGUCGAACAAUCUAUUGAAAAUGCAGAAGAUACAGAUCACCAUUAA